AUGUUUCAAGUUGGAAUGGCAACUUUCAUGUGGGUGUACAACCGACAUAACCGUCCGGCCUUCGGUGUUGGUCUUUUCAUUGGUCUAGGCUGUUUCAGUUCGCUUCUAGCAGGAAUAACCUCAUGGUGGGAGGGGCGAAAAGUCAAGCGAAUUGAGGGCGCCUUUUCUGAAACAAAUGCGGAGGAAAAACAGGAAUCCAUAGAGCCAUGA